CUCUGCAACUAGCUCUAUCAAACGACGGUUCUGUGCAACAGCAAACGUACUGUGCAACAGACCUUUUCAAAAUUCAGAUGGGAGAAAUUCACAGCAGGCGAGAAAAAGAGGACAAUACAAGCUAAAGGAAGGGGAUUGGGACAUAGUGAAGUGAGGCAAAGGAUUUGAAAAGUACUUGUAUUAUGCAAAGUGAGUAACAGCAGGGGCUACUCCAGCUGGAGAGUAAAAGGAUAAGAGACAAGCGAGGAGAGGACAAAAAGGACACGCAGCAAAGGAUACUGCUCUUUUAUUGGAUUGGUGCAUUCUCUUGGAUUUCUCACUUCCCUCCUCCUGGGCUGACAGCAGAGGGGGAGGAAGAGCCGCAACCACUGCAGUGAUGAAGUACAACUACCACGUACCAGUGUCAACGUACACACGCAGCUCACAGUACACACCAACAUACCACACACCCACCUAUUACACCCCCUUGCAUUACACAUCAACGCACUACUCAUCCACCUAUGCGACUGCAACAAAGUACACCCCGACACAGUAUAGCACAACACAUUACACUCCAUCACAUUACACAUCCACUCACAAAACUACAGCAACAUACAUCCCUUCAUAUAGCAAAGGGUCACGGUACAGCUCAGCACAUCGCACUCAAGCACAGGAGAAUCCUGCACCUGUAAUAGCGGUCGCACCUGCAAAGAGAACUGUGCACUUCCCCAAUGACAUCAUCUUCCAGGAUAUUGUUAGACGAGGAGAUUUGGAGCAAAUUGGUCGGUUCAUGAGAGCGAGGAAGGUUCGUGUGGAUACAGUCUUCCCCUCAGGUAUGGCAGCACUACAUGAAGCGGUGCUUACGGGAAACCUGGAGGUGGUGAAGCUGCUGGUGAAAUAUGGCGCUGAUGUUCAUCAGCGAGAUGAGGAUGGCUGGACGCCACUUCACAUGGCCUGCAGUGAUGGCUACCCAGAAAUUGCCACUUAUCUGCUGUCGAUGGGAGCCAGCACAGAGGCGGAGAAUGAGAGCGGAGAGAAGCCUGCAGACCUCAUCGACCCAGACUGCAAAGAGCUGGCCAAACUGUUUGAGACUGGCUGUGUGUGACUGGGCCCCACAUGGACCCAAGAGAGAACAGCAGAAGACAAGACAAAAAGAUGAGCAGCCACUUGGAAAAGAUUUUUUUUUAAAGAGAACAUAUUUAACAGUAUACAAUACCAA